AUGGGUAAAACUAGAAGAAAUUCCAGCGGUGAUCAUCGUUCCUUGUACAAGCGUACUAGCAUCUCAAGAACACCUGAUGAACUUAUCAAAAGAAGAGUUGCCAUCAAUGAGUCUCUUCGCAAAAAGCAUCGUGAACAACUAAUUACGGCAAAGCGUUUCCGUAACCUAAACCGACAUGAAGAAUAUGAAAGUGCAGGGGAGGAGGAGCCUGCUUCAGAGAGGAAGGAUGAGGAUGACGAGGAGAUAAGUCCUUAUUACAGGCUGUCAACCGAGCAAGUGGAAGGUUUGGCCAAAGAUUUGACAAGUGAUGACAAGGCCCUUCGUAUUGUUGCUGCUCAGCAUAUUGGAAAAUUCGUUUUGGAGCCUGCAAAGGCUCUUACCAAGUACAUCACGGAGGGCAACUGUAUUGAAACCUUGGCUCAAAUGAUUUCGGGAUCCAACUCUGAUGAACAAAUUGAAGCAGCUCAAACUAUCUCAAACAUUGCCGCUGGCCCUUAUGACCUGUGGAUCAAAUCUGUUUCUACUGUGCCUUACCUCAUCUCUUUAUUGGAUUCUGAUAAUAUGAAUCUUCGCGAAAUUGCUGCUGGCGCUUUAGGAAACAUGGCUGCUGAAGACUUGGGCGAUAUGAACGAUGAAGACGAUAAAGUCCGAGCCACGAUUAGAGACAAUGGAGCCAUCAAGCCCUUGGUACACAUGUUGGAUUCCAGUGAUGUUCGCCUAGUUCAAUCUGCAUGCUUUGCUCUUGCUAAUUUGGCGCGCGGUCAGGAAGGCCAAUUGAAGGAGUUCUUUACUGCUGGCCUCACUGACAAAUUGCUGAAAAACCUUGGCAAUGCUGAUGCUGCUACUGAAGUCUGCUGGGUGAUUAGCUAUUUGACAGCUGGUAGUGAAAAGUUCCGCGAGGAGGUCAUGGCAAAGGGAUUUGCUGAUCCGCUUGUCAAGGAAUUGGCUAAUUUAGUUGAACAGGGACCAGUUGUAUUGCCUGUUCUCAGAACAUUGGGCAAUUUGGUAGGCUCUGAAGAUUACCUGAAGGUUCUGGCUGAAAGGGAAGCAUUCUUGCCAACCGUUGUGAGCCUGAUAAAGUCAGAUCAAAGUAGGGUUGUCAAGAAGGAAGCCUUGUGGGUACUGUCAAAUAUCACGUCAAGUCAAGAUCCUGAAAUCAUUCAAAAACUGGAAGAACUCGAUGUGAUCAAGCAUCUGUCUGAACUCGUAGUACGUGGUGCCUUUGACAUUCGUAAAGGUGCUGCUUACUGCAUCAUGAACAUUGCCAAUCACGGAUCCGAGCAUCUGGAUAAGUUAUCACAUAAGCAAUUAUUACCUGCCUUUUUGGAUCUCGUAAAAUCGCAAGAUGCAGAUAUGAUUCGAUUGGGAUUAGGCUACAUUGAACUACUUUUGACACAAUCUCACAAAGGUAAAGAGAUUAUCGAUAAUGUACCCGAUUGUAUGGAAGCACUCGCUGCUGUUGCGCCUGCACCUGAUCCAGAGUUGUUUGCUUUUGCAAACAAGCUUGUCGAUCAAUAUUUUGGCGAAUCACCAGAAAUGCAAGAGUAG